CCGAAAACAUGACCACAACUGCUAUUUAAAUCUCUGCCUCAGACCUCUACCACUACUGCGCCAACUCUUUCCAUGGAACUACUAUUUCUUAAUUAGCGGUUCCAUGUGCACUUUCUUUCCCCCACCACAUUAUCCUCUAUUGUCGCUGCUCCGUCUUAGCACGCUGUUAUCCUCAUGCAAAAAUCGCCAUGGUCAGUAUGAAGGGCAAAUCUAAAGGCAUAGCUUGGUUCGGAAACAUUUAUCAGAAGUUUGAAGCUAUGUGCUUGGAGAUGGAUGAUAUGGUCUGCCAGGAAACGUUUCAGUAUGUUGAAGACCAGUUGCAGACUGUGGGAGCUAAUGUUAAACAAUUCUGUACAGAACUGAUGCAAGAAGUGCUCCCUUCAUCUCCUACCAAUUCAAAGGAAGAACAUGACUCAUCUCUGGUGCAAAAUGCCGAUGUGGCCCAUGAAGAUUCUAACACGAGUGUUGAUAAAGAGCGCAUUAAGAAGAAACUGAUCCAUGCCUCUUCUGUUGAAUAUGUUGAGGAUCCACAUUUGUGUUUAUCUUCAGAGCACUGUGCAGAGUAUGAGUGUGCCUUAGCUAAAGCCUGCAAGCAUGAAGCUUGGGACAUCGAUUGUACUCUAGAUGACAACUUAUUAGAAUCGAAAGAAGGGGCUAGCCAUAAAUCUGUUCCGAUAUUGGAACUAGAAGCUGUUCCAGUUCCAUCUUUUAAUAAGGUAAAACUUGAAGAAAGCUGCAUUAUAGUUGACAGCAGUGAGCUGUAUUCUCUUUCGAAUGAAUUACGAGACUACCGAUCAUUCAAGAAGAAGUUUUGGGAGGCUUUUUCUUCGAAAUCGAGGUUAUCGAAGCUGUACAACCAACGAUGUCCAAGACCAAGCUAGGAGAAAGGAAACAACCGUGAACUAUUCAGUGACACCAAGUUAAAAUCACGAGAUGGGGUUUUCUGAAUCGGAUAGGGAGAUUAUUUAGAUAAAAUUAAAAUGGUUUUGAGAAUAAAAACAGAGAUAAAAGUUUUCCAUGGGUUAAAAAUGUAUAGAGAUGGAGAGAA